AUGAUAAAUCUGGGUUUAUUAUGGGUAAGGCUAAAAGUUCAAAAGUGGUUGUACCUAGCUAUGAAAAUAGAACCUACGUUAAGUCGACUGAGGGUAGAGAUAGUUGUACUGUUAUCGGGCGAAGUUUUAGUUGCUGCGAUCAUCUUUAAAGGACAAUAUUCAAGAAGUGGUUGGAUUGAUGAUGAAGCUCCAGACUAUUACUACUCAGGCUCUAAAAGUGGAUAUACUACAUAUUGGUUAUCUUGGCGUUGGUUGGAGGAGGUUUUUAUUCCCCAAGUAAAAGAAAGAACUAAUAAUGGAAAAGUUUUGCUUAUAAUGAAUGGGCAUGGAAGCCAUAAAACUAAUAAAUUCAAAAAAAACAUGGGAAAACAAUAA